CUGUCAUAAUGACCACUUCGUAUUUAUUUAUGAGCAAAAAUAAAAGGCUAAAUAAUUAUAUACGAAAAAUGGAUAAACAGUCAAGUUCAGAUAGCAAUAUUUCUCUAGAUAGUCUGGAAGCUGAUUUUAAACAGAAGGCAAAAAUGAGAAACGAAAAGACCCCAGAUAAUGUCGACACCAUACUUGUACCGUUUUAUCAAAAAGACGUGCUCAUAAAAAUACCAAAGGGACAGUCAAAAAAGCAAAAAAAAGAUGCUACCAAGUCUAAAAAGGACCAUCAAAAUACAAGCAGCUAUUUAGUCAACAAAGAUAAAGACAGUAAGAAAAAACGUGCGUCAUACCUCGAAAUGUUUCGGAAACAGUUCACCACGGCUCAAAGUGAAAAGACAAAGCCUGAACAAGAAUUACGAUCCCUGUCACCAGAGUGUGGUGAUACCGAAAGAGAAAGUUUCGACGAGGACAUAAACAACCCUAAUUCGGAGUUUUACAACACAGAAUGUUAUAAUGAAAUGUUUUACAAUAAACUUCUGAACCAAGAACUAGAACAAUAUUUAGGAAAUUCUUUCACUGAGGAAUUACAAAUGGAUGAUAUAAACAAUAAAUCACCUGAAGGAUCUGUAAAUGUCCUGAAAAGUGUUUCUGAAGUUUCUCAUUCUCGGCGCCAUGUGAGACGAGCUACUGUGGAGCCUGUGCAGAGUGUAAAACUUGGUGGCCUCGGACCAGAUGUAGAAAAAAUUAAGCCUAGACUUGAAAGAGCUCGCAGUCUUCAAAGAUAUUCAGAAAAGGUACGAAUGGAAAACCGCCUUAGGAUUUAUAAAAAAUCCGUACAAGCUGACAUCGAGAAAAGACCCGAAAGAAAUUUGUCAGCAAAGCCAGUAAGUUCAGCUAGAAUAAAAUCUAAAGGAGAUGAAAACAUUUCUUAUUUGGUCAAUAAAAAUUCAACUGAAAAGUCAAAAGUUGCUACAAUAUAUGAUCCUAAAUCGGCCGGGGCAUCGAGAACCCGAGAUAAAAGUAAAGAGGAAAUCAAAAAAAGAUCGGCAUCGAGGAAUAUUGAACAAGACAAGCAAAGAAAGAAAUCAGGUUACCAAGAUCGUCGAAAUGAUACAAAACCAACGGAGGUAAAAGCACCUGACAGUGGGAAAAUUAAGUCGAAAUCAGUUGAAAACAACAUAAAAGUCAGGGUGAAAUCUAGCGCCAGAAGUAAGGCUAUCAACACCGACGUGGUUCAAACAGUACCUCCGGUACACAUAAGUUUCCUGGUGAAUGUGGGUGGAGCACGGCCAACAAGUGCCCUCAAAAAAUUGGAAGAGAAACAUCAAAUGUACAAGGAACAAGUUAAAGCAUUUGGAAUGGAAAAAACUGACUAAAUAGUUAUCUUAAUUUGAUGUUAUAAAUUUGUGUGCGUAAGUUUGUUCGUGAAUAUGUUAUAAUAAAGCACUAACCUUUC